AGUUGUAGACCGAGUAACUACGCGGAAAUUUUUCCGCGCUUUCGGCGUCGAAACCCCACAAAUUGAAGACGAGUGGCGGGAGCUGCUGUCGGAAGGGGCUUGUAGAGGAAGAUCAAGUUUUACAGUUAUGGACUUCAAGCGACGCAACGGUGGCCCUCUCAUGGGUGGUGCAUCCCAGGCCAAGCGAGGUAAAGCGACUGGUGACUGGGAGGACAGUCCAUCCCAGUUUGAGGAAGAAUUGUCAAUGUUUGAUGAUGCAGAGAUGGAUGUGGAAGACAUGGAAGGACAGGCCGGACAUGAUGUCAUUCCCGUGGGUGACCUUUUCUCAGCAGACCUAAACCCUCGUUGGAGAAGGCCUUCUGCCCCCUCACUGGAUCCAUCUUCAGAUACAUUGGUGUUCCAGCAGAUUGAUCUCGACUAUUACCUGGGUGGCUCUAUAACUGGGAUGCCUGGUCAGUCACAAGGAAAAGUUCCUAUCAUUAGGAUGUUUGGUGUAACAGAUAGUGGGAACAGUGUGUGCUGUCAUGUUCAUGGCUUUGCGCCUUACUUCUAUGUUCCUGCACCAAGUGGGUUCACAUCUAAUUACCUGGAUGAAUUUAAAAGAGAGCUGAACUCUGUUGUUCUUAAGGACAUGCGCUCCAAUAAGGACAACAUCUCGAUCACAGUGCUUGCUGUGGACAUCUGCCGUAAAGAGAGCAUAUAUGGUUACCACGGACAACGCAGCCUUGAUUUCUUGCGGAUAACGAUGGCGAUGCCUCGUCUCAUCGCGCCUGCAAAGCGGCUGCUGGAACAGGGCUUUAAGUUUGGACCUUUUCCCAUCCAGAGCUACCAGGCUUAUGAGGCCAACAUAGAUUUUGAAAUCAGGUUCAUGGUGGACAGUGAUGUAGUGGGAUGCUGCUGGAUUGAACUUCCCAAAGACAAGUACAGAGUGCGUGAAGAGAAGACCUCAAUAGACACAGAUUCUCAGACUCCAAGAAAGGUUUCUUUCUGUCAAUAUGAAGUUGAUGUCGGAUGGACAGACUUCAUAAGUCACCCUGCAGAAGGAGAGUGGCAGAAGAUCGCUCCACUUAGGGUCCUUAGCUUUGACAUAGAGUGUGCAGGAAGAAAAGGAAUCUUCCCAGAACCAGAUAAAGAUCCAGUGAUUCAGAUAGCCUCUAUGGUCCAAAGGCAGGGUGAAACUGAGCCGUUCAUUCGCACAGUUUUCACCCUCCAGGCCUGCGCUAGCAUUGUUGGCUCUCAGAUAUUAUGCUUCACUCAGGAGAAACAGCUUCUGCGGAGCUGGGCGGAGUUCUUAAGGACUGUAGACCCAGACAUCAUAACUGGAUAUAAUAUCCAGAACUUCGACUUUCCCUACUUGCUCAACAGAGCGGCUGCUUUGAAGGUGGAUUAUUUUCCAUAUUUGGGUCGAAUGCGAGGCAUCAAAUCAGUUCUGCGAGAGUCAAACUUCCAGAGUAAGCAGAUGGGGCGCAGGGAGAACAAGACCAUCAACAUGGAGGGUCGAGUUCAGUUUGAUCUGCUGCAGGUUCUACUAAGGGAUUACAAAUUACGCUCCUACACUCUGAACGCUGUGAGUUUCCAUUUUCUACAAGAACAGAAGGAGGAUGUGCAACAUUCAAUCAUCACCGAUCUGCAGAAUGGAAACGAGCAAACACGGCGCCGUUUGGCGGUCUACUGCCUGAAAGAUGCCUACCUCCCGCUGCGCCUGCUGCAGAAACUGAUGUGUGUGAUUAACUACAUGGAGAUGGCCAGAGUGACGGGAGUGCCUCUCACUUACCUCCUCUCCAGAGGACAGCAGAUCAAAGUUGUCUCUCAGCUGCUGCGGCAGGCUAUGAAACAGGAUCUGGUAAUGCCUGUUGUGAAAACUGAGGGGGGAGAAGAUUACACGGGAGCAACGGUCAUUGAGCCAGAGAAAGGCUAUUACAGCGUUCCUAUUGCCACCCUGGACUUUUCCUCCUUGUAUCCGUCCAUCAUGAUGGCUCACAAUCUGUGCUACACCACCUUGCUACAGAAAGGCUCUGCUGAGAAACUGGGAUUGUCACCAGAUGACUUCAUCAAGACUCCCACAGGUGAUCAGUUUGUGAAGAGCUCUGUGAGAAAAGGCCUUCUUCCAGAGAUCCUGGAGAACCUGCUGUCUGCCCGAAAGAGGGCCAAAGCGGAACUAAAGAAGGAAACCGAUCCUUUCAAGAAGCAGGUGCUAGAUGGCCGACAGCUAGCCCUGAAAAUCAGUGCCAACUCUGUGUACGGCUUCACCGGGGCCCAGGUGGGCAAACUGCCCUGCUUGGAGAUCUCACAGAGUGUCACUGGUUUUGGAAGACAGAUGAUUGAGAAAACCAAACAACUGGUGGAGUCCAAAUAUACAAUCUCCAACGGAUACCAAGCUGAUGCCAGGGUGGUUUAUGGAGACACAGACUCUGUCAUGGUCAAACUCGGAGUUACAACCGUGAAAGAAGCCAUGGAAAUCGGGAGGGAAGCAGCUGAGUGGGUGUCGUCGCAUUUCACUCCACCCAUCAAGCUGGAGUUUGAGAAGGUGUAUUACCCAUACCUGCUGAUCAAUAAGAAGCGCUAUGCAGGCCUGUAUUUCUCCUCCAGUCCAGACACGCAUGACAAGAUGGACUGUAAAGGCAUUGAGACAGUCCGCAGAGACAACUGCCCUCUAGUGGCCAACCUUAUUAACACUUGUCUACAAAAGAUUCUCAUUGAGAGGGAUCCUCAAGGUGCAGUGGAUCAUGCGAAAGAAGUGAUCUCAGACCUGCUGUGCAAUCGCAUUGACAUCAGUCAGCUGGUCAUCACUAAAGAGCUGACGCGUACAGCCCAGGAGUACGCUGGCAAGCAGGCACACGUGGAGCUGGCCGAAAGGAUGAGGAAAAGGGAUGCAGGUAGCGCCCCAAACCUGGGAGACCGAGUCCCCUACGUCAUCAUCAAGGCUGCAAAGGGAGCAGCCGCUUACAUGAAGUCAGAGGACCCAAUCUAUGUUCUGGAGAACAAUAUUCCCAUCGACACACAGUACUACCUGGAGCAGCAGCUGUCCAAGCCGCUGCUGAGGAUAUUCGAGCCCAUCCUGGGGGAAACCAAGGCGGAGAGCGUCCUGCUAAAGGGCGACCACACGCGCUGCAAGACUGUGUUGACCUCAAAGGUCGGAGGCCUCAUGGCAUUCGCUCAGAAGAGAAGCACCUGCAUCGGCUGUAAAGCUGUGCUCAAGACUGAUGCUGCUGUGUGUGAUUUCUGCAAAAAGAAAGAGUCUGAACUUUAUCAAAAAGAGAUCUUCCACCUGAAUGCGUUGGAGGAGCGUUUCUCCCGUCUGUGGACUCAGUGCCAGCGCUGCCAGGGUUCGCUCCAUGAAGAUGUGCUCUGCACCAGUCGUGAUUGUCCAAUCUUCUACAUGAGGAAGAAGGUUCAGAAAGAUCUAGAUGACCAGAGCAAGCUUGUGUCUCGAUUCGGAUGGUGAUUAAAAACUUCAUCCUGUUGGAUAGGGAAGUUGGACUCUACUUGUUGCUUUUGACUGUAAAAAUGCCUUUUUGACACUUUUUCAUGUUUUCUAUAAAUACAUUUACUUGUAGUGCCUUUUUGUAAAAUAAAGUCAAA